AUGCAGCACUUCCUCAUCUCAUUUCUCGCCAUCACCUCCGCGGCAACGCUAUCCUCUGCGGUCCCCAUCCUUUCCAUAGCUCCGUCACCACAAUCCAUUCUUACUGCACGACCUCUGCCUACCCGCAGGGAAACCCAACUUCCCUACGGCAAGGUCAUUGAUCGCUGCAUCGUCUCCGGAACAAUCGCCCUAGCCUUUGACGAUGGCCCCUACAUCUACACAGAGCACGUCCUCGAUCUGUUCGCCGAGGCCGACGUGCACGCAACGUUCUUUCUCAAUGGUGACUGGAAGGGAAAUAUCUACGACUAUUCUCAUGUGAUGAAUCGGACUUUGGCAGAAGGACACCAGAUUGGAUCUCACUCAUGGAGCCAUCUCAACCUCACCACUGUGCCCUAUCAGACCAUCCUCUCAGAGAUGUAUCACUUGGAGCAGGCCUUCUCAGACAUCCUUGGUUUCAUCCCAACGUAUACGCGGACCCCCUGGCUGCACGUGAACGACCUCGUGCUCUCCGCCAUGGCAGAUCUGCAGUAUCACGUCAUCGGCGCGAGUAUUUUCACCGACGACAAGACGAACGAUGCUUCCGAUCGAACGGGGCGGAGUUUGGAGAUGUUCCGCGAGGGAUUGAAGCAGGGUGGGAGUAUUCUGCUUGCGCACGAUUCGCAAAAGUAUACGGCAGAGAAGUUGGUGGGGGACAUGAUUCAGGAGGUGAAGAGGCGGAAAUUACAUGGUAAGAGAAUUUGA